AUGAAAAAAGUAAAUUCUUUCAUCGUAACCUUUUUAGUGCUUCUUAUAAUUGGCUAAAUUCUGGUAAAGCCAAAAAAGAAAGUUCUUGUAAUUGGCCAUACUGGAGCAGGAAAAUCUACCUUUUGCAAUUUUUUACAUUCGAGCUACAUGUUUUAAGUUGAUGAUUUCGUAAAUUAAAGAUUUUAAACUGAAUAAUUAGAAUUAAAAGAUUAUACACUCUUUGUAACCAAUACACCUGGAUUUGCAAAUAUCAAUAUAUAAAAUAAUUCGAAUAUAUUAAGUGAUAUAGCGGAAUUUGUAAAAAAAGAAUAAGUUGAUUUUGUAGUAAUUGUGAUAAAUUAUUCUAUCAGAGCCUCAAAUGAAGAAUAUAUUUUGAAGUGGUUGCAUUAUACUCUCCCUUUAAAUAAAUAGAAUUCCUUAAUUAUAGUAAAUUAUUAUAGGGAUAUAUUAAGUUUUUGCUAGCAUGGAGAUGAAGAUGAGUGCCCGCAAAAUCAUCAAAUUGAUCCCUAAUAAAACUAAAGCGAAGAAAAUAAUCAAAAUUUUAUUAAUUUUAUCAGAAAUACCUUUACUAAUUCUACGAUAGAGAAAAUAAAUUAUAAUACUUCAUUUGAUUUAACAGAAAAGGAAUUUUAAAUUCUAAUAAAAAAAUUAAAAUAAGAAUAUCUCCCUCUAGCUUAAUUAGAUCAUACAAAAGUUUAAGAUCUUUAAUAUAAGAUAGAAACAGAACUUUAAAAGAAUGAAAGUUUUUGUAUGAAAAAAUUUAAAAUGCCAGAAGAAGAAAAAUAUUUAAGAAAAAUGACUAAACUUGAAUAGGAACUAAUAUAAUUAAAAGCCAAAUAAAAAGCUCUUCAAAAUUUAGUAAAUUCUAUUGAUCUUGAUAUAAGUUACAUUCAAAAUAAUCCAAAUAGCAUGAUUGAUACAGGAAAUUUAUUUUUGAAGGACAAUCAAAGAUUUUAAUAAAUUAAUUAAAUCAAUAAAAUUAAUAGACUUCAUGAUGAUAAAUACAACAUAAGAUUUUAAAUGUUAUCAUAGCGAAUGAUUGAAUAUAAAAUUAAGGAAAAAUUAGAAAAACUUGAAGAAGACUCUGAAUCCCUUCUUUAAAAAAUACCUUAUAAAGAGUUUAAAUAAUGUCUUCAUUCAGGUUAUGAUUAUAUUCAAGAAAUGAUGGAAGUUAAAAAUUACUUUGAAGAACUUAAUUCCUUAAGCUAAUAAAAGCAAUAUUAAUAAUGA